AUGGAGAUCAACCCUGCCGUCAAUUUCCAGCAUGACCGAAAGGUGAUGCAUACCAGAAGACCCAAGGUGCUCAUCGUCGGUGCUGGUUUAGGAGGUCUCACUCUUGGAGCUAUCCUUCAAAAAACUGACAUCCCCUAUGAGAUUUUUGAACGAGCAGCCGUGGUUAAGCCUCUUGGUUCGGGUAUUACGCUCAAUGCGACCGUGGCACCACUGAUGCGCCAACUCGGGAUCUAUGACGAAUUCGUUGCCAUGAGUCACGUCGUCCCCGCUGUCCAAGUCGGAAACGAGAAUCGUGAGAUUCAGUUCUCGUUUUCAAACUACUUUGACGAGGCAACAACAAAGUACACUACCACAAAAGCAUCAGCCCUAUUUGGAGCGGACACUAGACUCCUCGCUCGACCAAAACUGUACGAACUCUUCCUUCGACAGGUCCCCACAGAGCGCAUCCAUAUGUCGAAGAAGAUCCUCUCAACGACACAAGGCGGGAACGGGAUCCUUAUCCGUUGCAGCGACGGGACAGAGUACGAGGGCGAUAUCCUGGUAGGAGCAGAUGGGGCACACAGUGCCAUUCGCCAGACCCUAUAUGAGCAGCUGAAGAAAGACAGAAAGUUGCCAUCCUCGGACGACGUGCCGCUUCCGUUCAGUACGGUGUGUUUGGUUGGGCAAACAAAGCCGUUGACGCCAGAAGAUAUCCCUUUGUUGGCUGCUGAUAAGUGUCAGGUUGUUCGAAUCGUUGGAGAGGACAAGCCCUAUGCUUGGAAUACGUUCACGACCACCCAGAGCACUGUGUGUUGGUCGAUUGUGAGGUUUCUCGAUGAGGAAUCGUCCAAAUUGAAUGACUCCUUCCGUAACUCUGAGUGGGGACCUGAGGCAGCCGAGGCAAUGUGUGAGGAGGUCCGAGAUUUCCCCAUUAUCGCUGGAGGAGACAAGAAACUGACGAUUGGAGACUUGAUUGACUGGUCGCCCAAGGAGUAUAUCUCGAAAGUCAUGUUGGAAGAGAAGGUGUUUAGGACCUGGUAUGGUUGCCGUACUGUCCUGAUGGGUGAUGCAUGCCACAAACUGAACCCCUCAGGAGGAGCAGGAGCAGUGAACGCGAUGCACGACGCCGCGGUGCUGGCAAACUACAUCAAUGCCUUGCCAUUGCACCCUGUAGUUGACGAGAUCGAGAGUGCGUUUGAAUCAUACAGAGCUGAGCGUAUCGAGUGGGUCGAGAGGGCUUUCAACACCAGUCAAAUGCUGCAGGCCUUGGUCGCCAAGGGUCUGAAGCCGAUGCUGGUGCGAUUCAUGAUGAAGAACAUGCCCGAGUUCUUGAAGCGACGUGCGGCGGAGCAGAUGUACAGCUGUAGACCUCAACUGGCUUUCUUGCCGUUGGACGAGACACCAGCGCUGGUCAAGCCUGCAUACCAACCUAGUUUGAAAGCCAAAGCGCCAGCACAGGAGGUGAAUGAUCAGGAGCAACCUGCACAGAGCGUGUGA